AUGUCGCGUCCCGCAAGGCGCCCCUCAGUGGGGCCGCCCCGUGCCCGCCCCUGCCCGUCCCGCCGCGGAGCCGCCUCCGCCGGGCUCUCUCCGUACUGGCUGUGGCGCCGCUGGAAGCGCCGCUUGCUCUGGUGCUGGCGGAGCAGCGCGGUCUUUUGGCUCCGCCUGGCGCGGGCUCUGGCCCGGCCCCGGCCGAGGCCCCGGCGCCGAGCGAAGCCUCUGCCGCGGUUCCGCCCGCAGCCGCCCUGCUGCUGCCCCGCGCCCGCCCCGUCGCCGACAGCGUCGCCGGCGGCUUCCCCGCUCCGAGCUCCGCCGCUCGUCGGCUCGGCCGCCGGCCCCGAGCCGCCGCAGCCCGGGGCGGCUCGGCAAGCAGCAGCGCGCCGGGCGCUCGGGUUGCCGGGGCAGAAGAGCGGGAGCGCGGUGCCGUCCGCACGGGCGGAGAAGCCUCCCCUGGAGCAGCUCUACCGGGAGGGCCCGCUGCUGGGGAGCGGCGGCUGUGGCAGCGUUUACUCCGGGACCCGGCUCGCCGACGGCGCCCCGGUAAGAGACGGGGCCCGAGUGGAGGGGGCGGCGGGCGGCGGGCAGCGAGCUCAGCCCGGCGCUCGCCUUGGCUUGCAGGUGGCCAUCAAGCGAGUGUGCUGCGAUCGCAUCCCGGUGUGGGCGCGGCUGCACAACGGCGCCCUGGUGCCCCUGGAGCUGGCGCUGCUGUGGAUGGUGUCGUGCCCUGGCUUCCGCGGCGUCGUGCGGCUCCUGGACUGGUUCGAGCUGCCCGACGGCUUCGCGCUGGUCAUGGAGCGUCCGCAGCGCUGUCAGGACCUCUGGGACUUCCUGCACGAGCGGGGGUUCCUGAUGGAGCCCGUGGCGCGGGGGCUGUUCUGCCAGGUGCUGGAGGCCGUGCGGCACUGCACCAGCCGCGACGUCCUGCACCGCGACAUCAAGGCCGAGAACGUCCUCGUCGACCUGGCCGCGGGCGAGGCGAAGCUCAUCGACUUCGGCUGCGGCACGAUCCUCCAGGACACAUUCUACACCCGGAUGUCAGGAACGCCGGAGUACAGCCCACCAGAGUGGAUCCUCUUUGGCUGCUACCAUGGCCAGCCAGCCACCAUCUGGUCCCUGGGCAUCCUGCUCUAUCACCUGGUCUGCGGGCGCCUUCCUUUCCACACAAACGAGGACAUCGUCCGGGGCCAGCUCUUCUUCCCGCCCCGGGUGUCUCAAGAGUGCCAGCACCUCAUCAGGUGGUGUUUAUCCAUGGACCCCACAGACAGGCCAUCACUGGAAGACCUUUUUGAGCAUUCUUGGCUGCAGGAGCCCUGCCUGGCCCAGGAGACAGCAGAGACCCAUCCCUGUGCUCAGUAGGAUCCAGGAGCCCAGCAAGUACCAGCUGCACGCGUCUGGUGGCACUCCAAGAAAACCCCGGAGCGUUUCCCUGCGGCCGCAGCACGGAGGAGAGAGCGCAGCCGAGGAGAUGCUUCCGCUGGUCCCCGGCGAGUUGUGGAGGGAGCGGCUCAGUGCUCCCCGUCCCA